UGUAAGGUUUUAAAAUGCACUUGUUUUGCCUCAUUUGAUAAUUUACAACCAUUUUCCCCCCUAGUAUUGUGACAAAACAAAAUGGCUGCUCUGCAAAGAACCUUAUAAGCACAGGUGUUGCUGAUCACAUUAACGAUGGCUCCGUUCAGUUCAUGUACAUUAAGAGAGCGUGACAGUAAACCAGCGUGUACUCUGAAACUGAAGAAGCGAACUGGAACUCAGCCAUCACUGAGUGAAUUAGUCACGCCUGUGAUUUUCUUACAGUGACCUGUUAAAAUGGAGUAAAGGGCAUUAAAUUGUGACUAAUACAUGUUUGUUUUUUAUUGUUUUUUUCUAACAUUCUAUAAACCUUUAUGCGUCUCUUAAUGUGUGAAUAUCUUGUUUGGAUUUGUUGUUGUAGACUAUAGUACAGACUGUAGUCGAAUGUGAUUUUUUUCUCCGAGGGUCCGUAAACGCCUCACGGUGUGUGCUUCACGUCAGAGGUCCAGUCCAGCAGCAGCUGUCUGUCUGACACAAGUUGAAGGUCUGUGCUCUGCUGUGGGACACAUCAGUCGCUGACCAACUUUCUCCACUAACGUCACCGUCUUCUGUGAGUGUCCAUCCAAAUGACCGUGACUCAGGAUCAGCCAUUGACUUACGCCAAAAUGAGAGGAGUUGUGUCGUUUUUCUCUGCUCUGCUCAAGGGGAAGAAAGUUGGCUUCAGUGACCUUUUACACAAAGUUGUUUCCAGUCAACAACUAUGCCAAAACUUGGACAGCCAGAAAAUCCUGCGGCGCAAGAGCAAGAUGAGGAAAGAGGACAAGAAAUGUCCCGUGAGCUUGGAGGACACGACAAACACAGAAACUUCUCUGAUGAAGCCAUCAGACUUUGACUACCUCAAAAUGAUCGGCAGGGGAAGCUUUGGAAAGGUGCUGCUCGCAAAACAUAGAGAACAAGGAGGCUACUAUGCUGUGAAAGUGCUGCAGAAACAGACCAUCGUGAAGAGACAAGAGCAGAGGCAUGUGAUGGCUGAGAGGAGUGUAUUGCUGAAGGGACUGCAACAUCCAUUCCUGGUGGGACUCCAUUUCUCUUUCCAGACACCAAGCAUACUCUACUUUGUCCUGGAUUACGUAAAUGGGGGUGAGCUAUUUUACCACCUUCAGAGAGAGGGAUCAUUUCCUGAAUCCAGAGCUGCCUUCUACGCUGCAGAGAUGGCCAUGGCACUGGGCUACCUACACUCUCUUGACAUUGUUUACAGAGACUUAAAACCAGAGAACAUCCUGCUGGACAGUGAGGGCCAUGUGAAGCUGACCGACUUUGGCCUUUGUAAAGAAGGUGUGGCUAUCGGCGGUAUAAUGCAUACAUUCUGUGGAACUCCUGAAUACUUGGCUCCAGAGGUUCUACAAGGGCACCCAUACAGUCCAGCAGUGGACUGGUGGGGGCUUGGCACUGUGCUUUUUGAGAUGCUCUAUGGACUACCUCCAUUUUAUAGCCACAGUAAAGCAGAGAUGUUUGAGAACAAGCUUCACGCUCCUCUGCGGCUGUGGAGCGGGGCGUCUCAGGCUGCAUGCUCACUAUUGGUGGGCUUGUUGGAGAGGGAUGUCACCAAACGCUUGGGGGCAAGCAGUGACCUCGUGGCAAUACAGGGACAUGUCUUUUUUGCCUCCAUCAACUGGGACGAUCUCCUGGCAAGGAAAGUGACACCACCAUUCAUCCCAAAUGUGAUUGGCCCUUGUGAUAUCAGCCACAUUGACCCAGAGUUCACGUUACAACCUGUUCCCGCCUCCAUGAAUGAGCGGUGCCAAGCAAGCGGAGCUAGCGAGGUCUUCCCAGGAUUCUCCUUCAUGAAUCCAGCGGAGUACAUGGCAACGCAGCGAGAUUCUUAACACCACCAAAUCCUUUGGGAGGAUGUUUGUUUUUUGUCAUAAAUUAUUAAAUUAAGUCUAUUUUUAAACAUGUGAGAAACAGAUUCAUGUGCUAAUACUGGAAUGCACUGUACAUUUUAUAGGUUGCAUUUGACCUGAUGACAUAUAUGCAGAUUGUAUUAGUUAUUUUAAGUUUCAUUACAGGUUUAUAAUGUGAAAGAGGCUGGUCACUACUUCACAAGUCUACAUUUCUUACAUGUGUGAGGGGAUUAAACAAUAAACACUUCAUUCAAAGCAG